AUGAGUGGGGCGCGGCGAGGGCUUAAUCUAGGCUCGAGCAGAAACGCCGGCGAUGGAAUCAAUGUUUGCGACCAGCAUGGUACUGGCUCCUACGUAGCAGGAGCCACUCAUUCACAACCCGUCUCCGAUGCUCCCUUACCAUUCCCAGGUGCCGAAGUCCCUGCUCGUGCUGAUGAUCUAGAUCAACACCUGGACUACACAUCCUUUUUCGACUUUGACAGCUUCAUGGCAUAUGACUCUCAGGACCCAGUCCCUGACUUGGGAUUCGCAACUGAAAAAGUCCGGUCCAUUGACACCAUUGACGCCAGACAUGAUAUGUCUGCAUUAAUAGCUACAUCUUCAGCACCCAUCGAGCCAGAUGAUGCUAUUGAUUUUCCUCAACCCAAUCAAACCACGACUAGUACGACUGCGGAAGGUUCCGAUAACAAAGCUAUGCCUUUUCCAAACCAGAAAAAAAUCAAGUUCAGCCCACGCCAGAUCAAGAUUCUACAUGACUGGUUGGUCAAGCAUCUUGACUGCCCCUACGCGAGUGCGGAAACCGCAGCAGACCUGUCAGCGUCAACAGGCCUGACAAUUCAGCAAGUGAGGGACUGGCUGAGUCGAACUCGCCAACGUAAGCUCGAUGCCAUGCUGAAUUGCUCCAGCUCCAUAGACACGCUGGCAAGACAGCUCGACGAGGAUCCUACUACAGCCCGCCCUAUGCGCACUGGUCCCGGAGAUCGAAACCCGUCUACUAGGCAGUCCUCACAGGCUUCCGAGUCCAAGAGAGGGGCACGAUCCUUGGAUGUGUCAGCGUCAUCUGCGCCUGAUUCCGACCUCGGUCACGAUAACUGCACCCCUGAAGACUUAUCCAUCCGUUCUGGUCGCGGGAGCAGUCCGACAAUAGACCGAGCUCAAGAUGCUCCCUCCAUGAUAGAGUGGUGGUUUGGCCACUUACCGGAGGAGGUCCGGCCCCAGAAUUCUCAGCAAGGUACAUGUUCAAGUCAGCGAAGGUUUCAGGUGUUCUGGGAUCGGCAACUGAAUCAAUGCGACAUGAUCCUUCUAUCUAAGGGCCACUUUGUCCGAGACUCUACACUUGGCCAGAAGAGGGCAUUCUUGAGGCUACUUUUGCUGUUGGAGCUCGAAAUGACUCAAAUGAUGAUGUCUGUGAGGACUCUGGAGGAAGCAUAUUAUUCACUAGACGACACAACUCUGGACUUGCUGUCUGGCAUUAUCAGUGGCCUCCUUGACUCCUCGUUGGACCCUGUCUGUGAUUUAGACAAGAUCAGAACAUCGCUGUGGCUGAUCUUGCGUCCACUGUGGUCACAGACCCAGCCGGGUACCUCGCUGCAUUCCUCCCUAAACGGUAUCGACUGCAGUGUGGUGAAGGCUAUAAAACACGAACUGGCCAAUUGGACUACUGAAACCUUGAUGCUUAUUGAGGAACAAGAGAAACUCGCUCGACCAGAGGGUUCUGUGCGAGAAGCAGAGACUUGUACAAAACCGUCUCUGACACCUGGUACAUCGAGCUGGUGGGAAAAUGAAAUCAGUGCUGCUUUUUCGAGCCGCCGUUGGGAGACUGGACACCAUAGUCAUCUGUUGAACUCGCUGGACACUGAACGCAAUGUUGAACAUUUGACCACGACUUUGUCCACGGCUAUCCUAAACCAAGGCAAGACCAAAUCUGUAGCGUCGGCAUCUACGGCUGGUUCUGCACGAUCCCGCUCCAGCUACGCGUCAUUGGGUAGUCGACGAGGACGGAGGCGAUGGGGCAGCAGCAGCAAACAACCCUUCAAUAUGCUCCCAUCGCUCACGCAGGCUUUUGAGCCCCAAGGGAAGUAUCACUGUACUUUCUGCGACAAGAGCUUUGCUCAAAAGAAGAUAUGGAAGAAACACGAAAGGUCUAUACACUUGCUGGAGGAAUCGUGGAUUUGCGAGAAGAUGGGCCCCGGCGCAUCCUGCGAUUUUUGCGGUGCAAGCCCAUUUGCGAAAGGCGUGUACUGCCCGUGGCACAAUACACUGAGGUGUUGGACCAGGCCAGAAACCGAACGCACCUUCUACCGAAAACAGGACUUUGUGCAGCACCUUCGCGGCUGGCAUAAAGCUGACCUGGGGUCCUUUGCACUGAAAGGCUCAGCUACGUCGGGAGCACAAGAUAGGUUCAGGCAUACAACGCAGUUGAGCGUCGUCCAGCUCACGUGCUAUUUCUGUGGCUUCCUGAGUAGCUGUGUGGAUGAACGGUUGGCUCACGUCGGUAGGCACUUUGACGAGGGCGUGGACAUGGCACAGUGGAAGCGUGACUGUCCAGAGGAAUCCAACAUCGCCCCAGAGGGGGACAUGCACGACAUGCCGCUUCCGGAAGCUGAAUUUACCGAUGAUCUUGAGUGGAUGGAUGCUUCAUAUUUGGGGCUGGUGACAGAUACGAGUUAA